CUCUCGCCAUGAGUGUCAAUAUCGACGCUCUCUAUGUUUUCGAUGACCACAAUAAUUGUGUGCUCGAGCAUACAUAUGCCGGACGCCCACCCAUACCCCAGGCUCUCAUAGCCAGCUUCACCACUCGUCCCUCCCCUCGACCUUCGAUACUUCAACUCUCAGACCUCGCACCUCCGGUCACUGCCUUUUCAAUAUCUCACUCUAGCCUGCUGCUAAUAGCAGUCUCGAGUAAAGAUGGACCAUCUCUUGCAAUCAUAGACUUUCUUCAUCGCCUGGUGGAUGUAUUUGAAGACUUUCUUGGGAGUCCCUUGUUGGCGACCAAGAUCGAAGACAACUAUGAGAUUGUGGCACAACUACUUGGUGAAAUGUGCGAUGGAGGCAUAGUGUGCAAUACAGAACCGAACGCGCUGCGGGAGAAUGUUGAAGUUUCUUCCGUGUUGGGGAAGCUCUUCACACAGGUUGGACUACCGGGAUCAUCGCCAUCUUUGGGACCAUCGAGCAAUUUCUCCUCAAGUUUACGUCCGGCCGCAGUACAACCGAGCGGGCCAGCCAUACCCUGGCGUAAACCGAAUGUUCGACAUACAUCAAACGAGCUCUACGUCGACAUCAUCGAGACUUUGGCUGUCAUAUUCGCCCCGUCAGGUCGACCUAUAUCGGCCCGCUCUCAUGGCUCGAUAGCUUUCACUGCCAAGAUCUCCGGAGUGCCCGACUUACUAUUGACACUCUCGGCUCCUGGUGGCACGAGUAGCGCAAAGGCAUCAGGCAUCUCUCGCACCAUGCAGAUUCCAGGUUUCCACCCUUGCGUCCGCCUUUCUAGGUGGAAGGAUCAUCCUGGAGAAUUAUCGUUUGUUCCUCCGGAUGGGCGUUUCAUGCUCGCGGGGUACGAAACCGACCUCAUGCCCUCCGACCUAAACACAGAUACGCCACCCAGCAAGACCGAUCGCAUUUUCUUACCGGCCACAGUUGAUCUACGACCGGCGACGGGAGCCAGUGGUUCCGACUUUGAAGCCCGACUCACUCUCAACAACAACUUCCCCGGUGUCGCCUCCAGUACGAAGCCGAGCAAUUCCAGGACCAAUUCGAGUGCCCUCGGAGGAUUGGCUUUCGGUGGCAGUGGUAGCGGAAGCUCCAAUGCUCCGUCGUUGGAAGCGGUCACGGUGACAAUUCCUUUUCCCCAAGACGUGCGUAACGUCACCGAACUGAAGGCGUCACGGGGCGAAGCUACUUUCAACGCAUUUGAUAAGGUGGUCGAAUGGAAGGUGCCGACCAAAGACGGCGCGUCGGUCAACGGUGUGGCCACCUUGACAGGAUGUGUAAUUGGGCCGCUGAAAUCCGAGGAUAUCGACGACGAAGUUCAAGUGAUUGACGCGGGCAAGUCGGGGUCCAUGGCUGGGUACUAUGACGAAGACAAUGACGAAACUGUCCCUGAACACUCUGGACGAUAUGACGGGGCCGGGAAUAGCGGCGGGAGCAAUCAGGGUGCGACGAGCAGAAGAGCACAGGCGAACAAGGCACUGAUGCCUCGGUCGAUUUCUGUCUCGUUUAGCGUCAAGGGCUGGUUGCCGAGUGGGAUCAAAGUCGAUGCGUUGAGUGUGGAUGUGAAAAGGUCCAAAGGUCUCGGAGACGGCGUGAGACCGUACAAGGGUGUCAAGUAUCUUACCGUCAGUCGAGAAGGGGUGGAGAAGAGGAUCGAAUGAGUUUUUUGUUUUUCAGUCUGCGAUUACGAGUUGCUUUUACGGAGGAUUCACUUUGUAGAGCAUUGAUGAGAAAAAGAGGGAAAGGAAUUCAAGUGUAGAGAUUUCCAUUUUUUGGGAUUAAAAAUGAUGCAAUAUGAUGCAUAUAAAUGCUAAGUGGCUUUUUUCGGUAGUAAAUAGAAAAAACAAAAGUGUGUUCAUGAGA